CCUUCUCGGGGGGGGGGGCUCUCGACGGGGACUACUUCCACUUCCAAAGAUUCUGGAACAAAUACCUAAUACGGACGCCGACUGGCAUGACCAGACACCGUAUGGCUAGCGGAGGCUCGAACUGGACCCUUACUCUCAGCAGCACUAAGGGCGUUCUACUCGUAGACACGACCAUGGGAAUAACCCUUCCGAUCUCCUUGCCUAAGGGCCGGGUCGGAGUCUGCUACGAAGUGCAGUUGGAAAGCGAUAGUCUCGGCCGCGUGUCUCGUGAAGAAGGGAGCGCUCCUUGCGAUGUGAUAACCACAACAACAACAGCAACAACAACGACAACAACAACGCCACCACCAACAAUAACACCAACGCCAACAACAACACCUACAACAACAACAACAUCAUCAGAAGCCGCAACAGCAACCUCUAAACGCCGGCGAGGGUCAGCCAGGGCGGCCCCCGAUCCCCCAAGAACCUUGGCGAAGACGGCCGGCGCCCUGGGUCGGCUUCCCCGCCCUGACCUCGACUGCAGCGGAAGGGAACUCCCCGCCACCGAGGCUGAGGCGUGCGAGGACGGCGCCGAGAGGGACGUGGGCUGGGUCCUGCUGGUGGCGGCCGUGAUUAUUUUUAUCUGAUCUCAUGUUUGUGUAUAAACAACUACA